AUGGGGGGGCGUAUACCAAGGCUUUCAAGGCGGCUUACUUUCGAGAAGCUCAAGGAGCUUCUCGAGACUUACUCUCAGAUCUUCAUCGUUGGCGUCGACAAUGUCAGCUCUCAGCAGAUGCACGAGACUCGUCAGAGCCUGCGUGGAAAGGCCGUUGUUCUGAUGGGAAAGAACACCAUGGUUCGCCGUGCUCUUAAGGGUUUCCUUGCUGACCACCCUGAGUACGAGCGCCUGCUGCCUUUCGUCAAGGGUAACGUUGGUUUCAUUUUCACCAACGAGGACAUGCCUGCCAUCAAGGAGAUCAUCCUGUCUAACCGCGUUGCUGCUCCUGCUCGUGCUGGUGCCAUUGCCCCUAACGACGUCUGGGUUCCUGGCGGUAACACUGGAAUGGAACCAGGAAAGACCUCGUUCUUUCAAGCACUUGGAAUCCCAACUAAGAUUGCUCGUGGUACCAUCGAAAUUGUGUCUGACCUCAAGCUCAUUGAGGGUGGUAGCAAGGUCGGAGCUUCCGAGGCUUCCCUGCUGAACUUGCUGAACAUCUCUCCCUUCAUUUACGCCAACGGCCAGACCUUCUCCGCUGAGCUGCUUGAUAUCAGUGACGAGGACCUGCUGAAGGCUUUCUCCCAGGCUAUCCAGACCAUCACUGCUGUCUCCCUGGCUGUCAGCUACCCCACCCUGCCUGCUACCAUCCACUCUGUCAUCAAUGCCUACAAGAAGGUUCUUGCUGUUGCUAUUGAGACCGACUACAGCUGGGAGGGCAUUGAGGAGCUCAAGGACCGUAUUGCUAACCCUGAUGCUUAUGCUUCCGCUGCUCCCGUUGCUACUGCCACCACUUCCGGUGACGCCCCAGCCAAGGAGGAUGCUCCCGCUGAGGAGGCUGAGGAGUCUGACGACGACAUGGGCUUCGGUCUGUUCGACUAA